AUGAAAGCUCAAGCUGUGACACCCAAGAGGGCACUACGGCAGACGGUACAAGCGUGUGUGCUUCUACUAGCCAUCUAUCUAAUUUUAAGGCAUUUCCUAGUCUGUGAGUACCCGUUCAGAUGGUUCAAGAGGAAUUUUAGGGCUCUAGCGAAGCUUGCCCAACAAGAAGCUCUUACAGCACAAGAUGGUCCAAGCCAAAUCAUUUCAGAUCCCGUAUUUGACGUGGAAGAUGCAAAUCCGAUUGAUACCACCAGACUAGUCUGCUUCCUGCUAGUUUGUUGUGCCUGUGUCGUGCCCUUUCUCUACUAG